UCUAAGGGACCACGCCCCAAAAGCGAAGGCUUCUCAGUCACCAGCUGGCUACGCUGCGCCAGCGUUGGGUUCUUCAGUGUGCGUCCCUUCUCCGACCCAGCGGCCGACCGCGGCCCGUUCUGAGGUUGCGCAGUCCGCGUCCCUGCCCCUUCUUUCUCAACCGCCUCGGCUCCCCGCCGCCUCCUGACGCCGGCGUGACGUCACCACGCCGGGCGGCCGCCAUUACAGGGCCGAGCUCCAGAGCUAGGGCGAGCUGAGGAGGAGGCGCAGCCGCCGGUGGCCGAGCAGUGUGGGGAGAGCCAGCGGGCCGGCGUUAUCGCCCAGCGACCGCCGGGGACCACAGAAGCACCCUAGGGACCGGUGGCGGCGCGUGCGUGUGGCCCGGGUGCGGGCGGCGGCGCGGGAGCAGCGCGGAGCGGCAGCCGGUUCGGGCGGGUGGCAUCAUGGACGAGAAGGUUUUCACCAAGGAGCUGGACCAGUGGAUCGAGCAGCUGAAUGAGUGCAAGCAGCUGUCCGAGUCGCAGGUUAAGAGCCUCUGCGAGAAGGCUAAAGAAAUCCUGACAAAAGAAUCCAACGUGCAGGAGGUCCGAUGUCCAGUUACCGUCUGUGGAGAUGUACAUGGGCAAUUUCAUGAUCUUAUGGAACUGUUUAGAAUUGGUGGCAAAUCACCAGAUACAAAUUACUUGUUUAUGGGAGAUUAUGUUGACCGAGGCUAUUAUUCAGUUGAAACAGUUACACUGCUUGUAGCUCUAAAGGUUCGUUACCGUGAACGCAUCACUAUUCUCCGAGGGAAUCAUGAGAGCAGACAAAUCACACAAGUUUAUGGUUUCUAUGAUGAGUGUUUAAGAAAAUACGGAAAUGCAAAUGUUUGGAAAUAUUUUACAGAUCUUUUUGAUUACCUUCCUCUCACUGCCUUGGUGGAUGGGCAGAUCUUCUGUCUACAUGGUGGCCUCUCUCCAUCCAUAGAUACACUGGAUCACAUCAGAGCACUUGAUCGCCUACAAGAAGUUCCCCAUGAGGGUCCAAUGUGUGAUUUGCUGUGGUCAGAUCCAGACGAUCGUGGUGGUUGGGGUAUAUCUCCUCGGGGAGCUGGUUAUACUUUUGGCCAAGAUAUAUCUGAGACAUUUAAUCAUGCCAAUGGCCUCACGUUGGUGUCUAGAGCUCACCAGCUGGUGAUGGAGGGAUAUAACUGGUGCCAUGACCGGAAUGUAGUAACAAUUUUCAGUGCUCCAAACUAUUGUUAUCGUUGUGGUAAUCAAGCUGCAAUCAUGGAACUUGAUGAUACUCUAAAAUAUUCUUUCUUGCAGUUUGAUCCAGCACCUCGUAGAGGCGAACCACAUGUCACUCGUCGUACCCCAGACUACUUCCUGUAAUGAAAUUUUAAACUUGUACAGUAUUGCCAUGAACCAUUUAUUGACCUAAUGGAAAUGGGAAGAGCAACAGUAACUCCAGAGUGUCAGAAAAUAGUUAACAUUCAAAAAACUUGUUUUCACACGGACCAAAAGAUGUGCCAUAUAAAAAUACAAAGCCUCUUGUCAUCAACAGCCGUGACCACUUUAGAAUGAACCAGUUCAUUGCAUGCUGAAGCGACAUUGUUGGUCAAGAAACCAGUUUCUGGCAUAGCGCUAUUUGUAGUUACUUUUUGCUUUCUCUGAGAGACUGCAGAUAAUAAGAUGUAAACAUUAACACCUCGUGAAUACAAUUUAACUUCCAUUUAGCUAUAGCUUUACUCAGCAUGACUGUAGAUAAGGAUAGCAGCAAACAAUCAUUGGCGCUUAAUGAACAUUUUUAAAAAUAAGUACCAAGCCUCCCCUCUACUUGUGAGUUUUGAAAUUGUUUUGUUUCUUUUCAGGGAUACUGUUUAAUUUAAUUGUAUGAUUUGUCUGCACUCAGUUUAUUCCCUUCUCAAAUCUCGCCCUCAUGUUGUUCUUUGUUAUUGUCAGAACCUGGUGCGUUGUUCUGAACAGAAAUGUUUUCCCCCUUCCUGUAAGACCUGAUGUUACUGCACAAGAACACUGCAGUGUUUUUCAUAAUAAACUUGUGAACUAAGAA